AUGAACUAUUUAAACACAGUCAACUCUAAUAUUCAUACGGCGGAAGCAAUUUUUGAAAAUCCAUCAAAACUUCCAACAGUAAUAACGGGUCAUAUAAGAUUUACAAGUAUCUCGCAAAAUAAGACGAACGUUAGUGGUAAAUUAGAUUCGGGUAUAUUUGAUCAAGAAGCCGCAUAUUACCACUUUAAAAUUAUAGAUAGGUCAAAAAAAUUGAUAUACGAUCUAACUGCUGAUGGUUUGACGGAAUGGAGCGUCAAGGUACCUGGAACAACCUCAUUUCAACAUGAUUUUGAUAAAUUACCAAUUAUUGAAAUUGUUGAUCAAUUUUUUGAAGUCAAUCAUAGUAAAAAAGGUACUGUUGGGAUGACUAUGAUUAAACCUAUUUAA